AUGUCUGAAAAAAUAGAUAGCCUUGAAAUCACAACGAACCAUGCCACUGGGUACUCCUCCAAUGGAGGUUACUUCUCCAGGAUGGUUGACUCUUUUAAGCCAAUGGAAGUAGUCAGUGAAGAUGAUAGUACAUUGGAUUUGGUCACCAAAGGUGUUCACGGUACCGCCAAUCAACCUUUGGUCCGCGAUUUGAAGAAUAGACAUGUGCAGAUGAUCGCUAUAGGUGGAUCCAUUGGUACUGGUUUAUUCAUUGGUUCUGGUUAUGCGUUGAGUGUUGGUGGACCCGCAGCGGUUUUAAUUUCAUAUGUUCUUGCAGGCUAUGCUAUUUUCUGUAUGGUGAUGGCAUUAGGUGAGUUAUCUGUUCAGUUCCCAAUUAGUGGAUCGUUUAAUGCAUUUUUCUCACGUUUCGUCGACCCAACAGUGGGGUUCACCUUAGGUCUGAUGUAUGCCUUAUCAUGGUUAAUUUCAUUCCCCAGUGAAUUGAUUGCUGCUGCCAUGACUAUUCAAUAUUGGAAUCAAUCUAUCGACCCUGCUUUAUGGGUUGCCAUCUUAUUUGUUCUUAUCAUUGGUAUCAAUUUCUUUGGUGUCCGGGGGUUUGGCGAAGCAGAAUUUUGGUUAUCACUUAUUAAAGUUAUUGCCGUCAUUGGAUUCAUCAUCUUGGGUAUUUGUAUCACCUGUGGUGUCGGGUCUCAAGGUUAUAUUGGUGGUAAAUACUGGCACAACCCCGGUGCUUUCAAUGGGGGGUUGAAGGGGGUAUGUAAUGCAUUUGUCUCUGCAGCUUUCUCCUUUGGUGGUGUGGAGUUGGUUGCAUUGGCAGCUGCUGAAACAGAAAACCCAAGAAAGUCCUUACCAAAGGCCACUAAGCAAGUUUUCUGGCGGAUCUUUAUCUUUUACAUUUGUACGGCCAUUGUCAUUGGUUGUUUGGUGCCUUAUACCAAUGAGCAAUUGUUGAAUGGUAGUGGUAUCACUGCAUCACCCUUUGUCAUUGCUGUUCAAAACGGUGGGAUUAAAGUUGUUCCUCAUAUUAUGAAUGCUGUAAUUCUUGUGGCGGUCAUUUCAUUGGGUAACUCGUCUGUUUACGGUUGUUCUAGAUCUUUGGCGAGUAUGGCUGCUCAAGGCUUACUACCAAGUUGGUUUGGUUACAUUGAUCGUAAGGGGAGACCCUUGGUUUCUAUUGGGUUUAUUUCCGCAUUCGGAUUGUUGGGGUUCCUUGUGGAUUCUACUAAGGAAUCAGUCGUUUUCACUUGGUUAUUUGCCCUUUGUUCGGUGGCUACUUUCAUCAUUUGGGGUACGGUUUGCGUAGUUCAUAUUCGUUGGAGAGCUGCUUUAAAAGCCCAAGGUCGUUCUACAGAUGAAAUCAUUUUCGUUUCUCCAAUGGGUCUCUUUGGCUCCUAUUCUGGUGCCCUUGUUUGUUUCUUAAUGAUGAUUGGUGAGAUUUGGAUCGCACUUUUCCCCCAUGGAUCUGCUGAUGUGAACAACUUUUUCCAAUUGUGCUUGUCUAUUCCAAUUAUGAUUGUUAUGUACGUUGGUCACAAAACAUACACUCGGAGUUGGAACCGUUUCAUCAUCAAAUUGGAAGACAUUGAUUUGGAUACCGGACGCCGUGAAGUUGAUAUUGAUUUAUUAAGACAAGAAUUAGAAGAACUGAAAUUGGCUUACAAGGAAAAGCCUAUCUGGAAGAAACUUCUUCAGAUAUUGUUUUAG